AUGGUUAGCAAUGUCGCCGAGGACAAGAUGGCCGCCAACCAAUUUUUACUUCAAAAAACCGGCAAAACCCAGGCGGCAUUUGUGCCAAAGCUAUACAUAAUGGUCCAAAAUAUGAAGCAGCCGACACCUGAAGAUCCGAACCCAGAACAGCCACUGAUCAGCUGGUCUAAAGCGGGAGAUGUAUUCUGCGUUUUUGAUCCAAUCGAAUUUUCGCGAGUAAUACUACCUUUGCACUUCAAGCACAACAACUGGCAAAGUUUUGUUCGCCAGCUUAACAUGUAUGGCUUUCAUAAAGUUAAUGAUUUGCUCUCCAGCUCGCAUUGCCAAACGGACACGGUGCAGGCAUGGGAAUUCAGACAUCCUUUCUUCAAACAAAACCGCCCGGAUCUCCUCCCGAUGAUUAAGAGAAAGUCAACCAAACAUCAUGGCUCGUCUAAAGCCAAUGGUACCCUAGCCAACGUCCAAGCCACCUCGCAGGUUGGUGAGAUGCAUUUUCAGAGACAGAUGCCAUUGCCCGAUAGUAUUCCAGGUCGAGCCGCUCGUGCCUUUCAGGCUUGCAUGCCUCACAACCAGACGAGCCCCAUCCUACCAUCAGCGCAUCAUCCUCUUCAUGGGAAGCCGCCACCACCACCAUCCCUUCCUACCGGCAAGGCCCACCUCCCACCGCGCGCCCCAGUUAUUUACCCCAUACUCACCCAUCAGUUUCAAUACACGCAUUCAACUCAUUCUCAAUUGAAGUCCUCCUCUCCUCUUCUGAAACAUUCCAGCACGAAAGGCUCACCACCCACCCGGGCAAAUCCUCAGAACCACCGUUUCAUGCCAUGUUCUCCACGUUCUGUGCGCCAUCCACCAAGCGCCCACCACCCCAUCUCGUAUCAGUCCCAACAGUCAAGACGAAGUAAUAUGGAGGAAGAGGAAGUAACUGAAAGAAGCUUUGCAUGGAGCAGCGUCCGAGAAGCUUGCAGCAGUGGUUCGUCUUUGAGUAGGAUAGAGGACGAGCUGCGCCGACUGAAUGAUACCCUGACCCAUCGGGAUCCAAAAGGGAAUCACGUUUUUUCGGUACUAGGACUAAUUGCUGAACUGCUCACUUUGCUGGUUGAUAAUCAAGAAAGCAAGGUUGCACCAUCACAACAAGAAACGCUUUCGCGUUAUGUGCAAACCGCCAAAGACGCCCUGGGCAAGUUGGAAGCUUCCAACUUUGGCCGUCACGAUCCCAUUAGAAGAUGCAGUGGGGCCCCGUCCACGGAUUCCAUGUCACCCAUUUCAACUGACCCCUUAGAGAGGUCAACACUGCCCUGCAGAAAUUCUGUUGAUCCGAAUCUUCUGAAGACUAAUGAUCGCUCGUCGAGCGCAACCUGGAUUGUGCGACCUCGUUGCUCUGAUCGUAUGAAUUCGUCGCAAUCGCUGCCCCCCUUAAAUGCCAUGAUGCCGCAUUGUGCACCUCCACUUUAUCACAGAACACAUAGCUCAGACACCGAUGACGAUUCCGAAGAUGAAGGCAGGUGUGCUCGUGACAAGCGAAUUUACGGCGAUCCUAAUGAGCUCGCCACCGCCGAAUCUCGUAGCGAAGGUGAUCAGCAAAGCUCUUCGGACCAGCUUAGCUCUAGCGCUGGAAGCACGUCAGAAAGAGCCGUGCAAGCGGACGGUGCCACGUCGCAGUUUGUCUCUCAGCAUGACGAACAACCAAACCCUGUACACCCAAAGAGACCUUACCACGGCUCAGUAAACAAUCAAGAACCGCCGGAGGAAGAAAAUAUCAUUUCCACCGCGAAACACGCCAAUACAGCUAGCCGUAGCCGCAAGAGGAUUAGAAGUGACCAAGGUUCUCUAACUCGCGCGUCCGACUAA